AUGGGCUAUGUUCAAAGAACCAUAUGUUGCUUGUUUUCUAUCGCAUUGGUUGCGAGGAACCAUGCUGUCGUAGUUGAUGUAAAAACUAAAGGUGCCACGGGUGAUGGCAAAACUAAUGACGGAAUGGCAAUAGAGAACGCUUGGUACGAAGCUUGUGGAGCAUCACCACCUAGCUCGAUGUUGAUUCCACCAGGCACUUAUUUAUCACACGCCAUUAAGUUACGUGGUCCAUGCAAGGGUCCGAUUGAGAUCAAGGCCACCGGAGCCACUAUAAAGGCCCCACCUGAGCUUGCCGUGUUCAAAAACGAUAGCUGGAUUACUAUUGAGAAUAUAAAAAUGUUGACUUUGACCGGUGGUACAUUCGACGGCCAAGGUCAUGAAACAUGGAAGAGUACCAAAUGCCAUGAUUCCCAAAUGACUUGCCAAAUACCAGUCAAUCUAAGAUUAAGUCACCUCAAAAAUUCAUUAUUUAAAGACUUCACAUCUGCCAAUAGCAAAAACUUCCACAUAGCUUUAUGGGGCUGUCACAAUAGCACCUUUGAAAAUAUCACCAUUGAUGCACCCAGAAGUAGUGUCAACACCGAUGGUAUCGCGCGGUUAAAUGGGCUCAACAUCACAAAUUCAAAAAUAAGAACCGGCGAUGAUUGCAUUUCUUUUGGCGAUGGAAGCAAAAACGUCCUUAUAGAGAAAGUGACGUGCGGACCGGGACAUGGUAUUAGUAUCGGAAGCCUAGGUAAAUAUCCGAAUGAAGAACCUGUAGAAGGAAUAUAUAUCAAGAAUUGCACCAUCAAUGGCACUGAUAAUGGAGUCAGGAUAAAAAGUUGGCCAGCUUCUCACCCAGGAAUCGCUAGCGAUGUGCAUUUUGAAGAUAUUAUCAUGGAAAAUGUGGGAAAUCCAAUAUUGAUUGAUCAAGAAUAUUGUCCUCAUGAUACUUGUCAGAAAGGUGCACCAUCAAAAGUGAAGCUAUCAAAUGUGAGUUUUAGGAACAUAAGGGGAACGUCGAAAACUAAGGUGGCGAUAAAGCUUGCUUGCAGUGCCGGAACACCCUGCGAGAACGUGGAAGUGGCCGAUAUCAACUUGACAGUCAAAGGAGGGGGAAUGGCCGUCUCCGAGUGUUCUAAUGUAAAGCCUAAAGUUGUUGGUCAAAACAUCCCCCCUGCUUGUCCAGGCACAACCAGUUAGACAAAU